AUUAAAAUUGGACCGGGCAGUCCUUAUAAAUGUAUUACUUUCCGAAAGCUUAACCCAGUUAAUUUUAAGAGCCGUGGUGUGAGCACAAGAAACAAAGCUAAACAUGGCAGAGCUACGUUCCUAUGCGGAUUUCAUCUAUAUGGCCAACAUGAUGUUCAAGACCCUGGGCUACGAUCUAUUCGAUACACCCAGAUCCAGGUGCAGCAACCUGCUUCUCCGAGGAUAUUUCGUUCUGUGCACGGCCAGCAGCUUUUACGAGGCUUCCAUGGUGACGAUACGGAUCAUUCAGUGGGAAUCCUUGGCCGGCAGUCCUUCCAAAAUUAUGCGACAGGGUCUGCACUUCUUCUACAUGUUGAGUGCACUAGUAAAAUUUGUUGCUUUCAUGAUAAAUCGCAAGCGAUUACUGCAGCUAAGCAAUCACUUGAAAGAGUUAUAUCCUCAUAAAGAGCAAAGUCAAAGGAGGUACGAGGUGAAUAGAUUUUACCUAUCUCGCUCCACUCAAUACGUUUUGUACGCGUACUACUUUGUGAUGGUCGUCAUGGCACUGGGACCCCUCCUUCAGUCGUGCAUUAUGUACAUUGUAGACUUCGGAAAAGCCGAGUUUUCCUAUAAACGCAUUUAUCCCACUCGCCUCACUUUCGACUCCGAAAACCCUUUGGGCUAUGUGGUGGCCUACGUUAUAGACUUCACAUACAGUCAGUUCAUAGUGAAUGUGAGCCUGGGCACGGAUCUCUGGAUGAUGUGCAUCUCAAGUCAAAUAUCGAUGCACUUGGCCUAUCUGGCCAAUGUUUUGGCCUCGCUACGUCCAAGUCCAGAAACGGAACAGCAAGAUUGUUACUUACUGGCCGGUAUCGUAAGGAGACAUCAACUAAUGCUCAGGUAACUCUACCCAAUUGGUAAAAAAUAUUCAAAAACAUUAUAGAUUACUUUUUGCAGCCUU